GCGCUCAACGUGGAGGACGAGUGGCUCGAGCCCGCGGCCACGAAGGGCGCGGAGCGCGAGCCGUCGGAGCGGCACUACAGCGCCUACCCGACGCGCGCGAAGUUCGGGCCCAGGCGCGGGGAGGCGCCAAUCGUCGACGUCGAGCCCGACGGCCUCGUCACCUUCAAGGCGCUGGGGCCCGCGACGGACACGGGCGGCCGCAAGGGCAAGUUCGGCCGUGCUGGGUCCGACGCGAUGUUCGAGGUCGUGCACUUGGGCGCGGAGCUCGAGGGGGAGCGCACCCGGAUGGGCAUCGCUUUCGAUGACCCGACCGAGGCGCCGCUCAUGCACUUCUGCCCAGUCGGCACGGACCACAGCGAGUGCCUGCACGGGCAGGAGGGCUCGGGCUCGAAGCUCUACGACGCGGCGAUCAUCCUCGCCGGGCGCUGGAGGUACUCGAAGCCGCCGUUCAUGGGCCACGCGGGCGAGGACGCUUCUCGCGCGAAGGUCAACAAGGCGAUCAACGUCGCACGGGCGAAGGCGAAGGCAAAGGAGCGCCCCUCGAGCGCGACGAAGCCUAGGCCCUACCUAG